GCCAUUCGUUGUGGAUUUGUUUUCUUUAGAAUGUCGCUUGUACAAAUAGCGAUGAAUUCAGUCUGAAUUGAAACUCGUGAGCUAUAGGCUGUUAGAGUGACAUACUCAGUAAGUAUAUAUCGUGAGAAAUGGCUGAAACCCUUUUUUCAUUCGAGCUGCUGGUGGAGUACGUGCGCCUCGACAAACUCGUGAAAGGGAAAAGACUGAAGCCUGCGCUCGGGGUUCGACUUCUGGAUUUUCCCACCCUUCUCAUUUAUCCGAGGGACGCGGGGGAACCUGAGGGUCAGCAUGACUCAGACAGCGAAAAAGAAAACACCCUGGGGUGUGAUCUUAUGCUCCAGCCCCAAGGUGGAACCUCUGAGUACAGUUUUCACCGGGGAAAGUCAUGCUUGUUCAAAAUAGGUCUCGACUCGCUUCACCUGCAUCUGUCCAACACCCCUCUCUACACGAUGGUGCUGGACAUAAGCAGCGAAAUUCCAAAAUUUGUUGGGGGGUCUUUAGUCCCUUUAGCUAAACUAACUGAAAGGAUCAAAGCAGAUGUCGCGGAGCGUGGUAUUUCUACUCCAUCUGCUCAUGGAGAAAGGGUUCUCGUUGCAGUGUGCAACCUUAUGGGGGAGAAAAUCGGGGACAUUUCAUUGGGAUAUAAACUUUUAAGUCUGGGGGGGAAUUUAAUACCACAUAUUCCUGAAAGCCAAAUUUAUAAAGUAGGUUCUGCACAAGGAAAAGGUGAGGGGACACGCUUUGCAGAUACCAGGGUAAAUGAUGUUGAAGAGGCCAGAGUAAUUUUGCAACCAAAACCUGAGUGCUCUUCAGUGCUUUUACAGAAAGUUGAGUUAGAAGGAAAGCAAACUGACAUUAUAGUUUCAGAAUCAAAAGCAAAAAUGGAGAGCCUUAAGUCGACUGGAACUCAGACUGAAGGAACAAUAAAAAAAGCAAAGACCAUUGAAGUAUUUCGGCCAACCUUUGACAGUGAAACAAAUCUCGCUGUAUUUUAUCCUCCUCCUUUGUAUUAUAGCCGUCCGGUAAAGAGACUAGAGGAACAUAACUCAAAUAGAUACACGUCGGUAAACACAACUAUGGAAGGCUUCAGUGCUGAGGAUCAUUUUUCAGAAGAGGAAGAAAAGGAUGCAGGUGGCGACCCACCAAAGAGUUAUCUUUGCCAGUCUGUGGAUAAAACUAAAAGCAGGAGACCAACACUUGCUCCACUGCUGACCCCUGGGGAUACUAUAAGACAGCUGCCAUUACUGAAUGCUCUUCUUGUAGAGCUCUCUCAGCUGAACAUCCAGCCCCAGCAGCAGAACUUUUCUUACCACCCAAACCUGACCCCGUUGUACAAACCUGAACCUCAGCAAUUUUCCACAGCAGCCCCAGAGGAUCAGUCCAAGCCUCAGAUACCCAGUGCUGCUAUUUCUUCCACACCAAGAGGCAGGAGGUCACCCAGCCCCAGAAUUAGAACCAACAAGUGCUUUGGGUGCUCUGCUGCCUCUAUGUCUGCCUCCCCCCCGAAAAUGGAGAAAGUCAAGUGGCAGAGACCAAAGCAAGCCAAGAGAACAACAGGCUCUAUCCCCAGAACAAAGUUGGUGUACAGACUGACUAACACUGUCCGGCUGAGGAUGCUGCGCACCAACCCUGAACUACUGAAGGUGCACGAAUACAAGGAGCAGCACCCUAAGGCACAGGAACAGCGAACAACACAGAAUGUCAGCCAUCAUUCUGGUGCAAAAACAAGGAAGACUCAGAAGCCUGAUGGCAUUAAGAGGAGAGAGGUUUUUAACAGGAUAGCUAAGCUGGACAAAAAUGAUCAAACGUUAAUGAACAGUAGAGUGAUGCAUGUCCCCGAGGAAGACCAUGCCCAAUCACAGCCCUGGACCAAACAAGGUCAAAGUCCUUCCCCUGUAAGCGAAGGUGUUGAAUGCAACACUCAGUCCUUCUCUUCUCUUGAUGAUGUUUCAAAAGGAAGUCCAGAAAAGAAAUCAUCACAUUAUGAAGAGGACAAAAAAAUGACUGUUGACAUUUCCCAUGUCUUCAGCCAAAACUCAGACCACAAUGAUGAGGAAUCCUGGAGUGAUGUCAGUCAGCCUCAGUCCUGUACAGUAAACCUCACUGCUCAUAGCAUUCUUUUAGAUGAGAAAGGGAGCACUGUCACCAGCCCGGUUCACAAGUAUUCUGAUUCCGAGCACGUUGAGUACCCAGAUGAUUUUGAGACCACCGAGGGUUCCUCUCCGGACUUCCACAGCAGCCCCGAACCUGCCUUGAUCAGCAGUAGACGAGCAGUCUCGGAGGACCGCUUCAACUUGGGCAGUGGCCCUCAGAGUGGUCAAGAGGCAGCUCUUUCCACCCUCAUCAAAGCAGAUGUAUCUCCCCAGCGCUCCCUAAAAGGAACAUACCUUAUCAGAGCCCGGUCAGAGUCAUCAGACGACAGCGUUAGUGGUCCGGAGUCUGUUCGGGCCAGGCAUCAGUACAGGUUCCAGCAUUCAGAAGAAGCUGCUGAGGGUCCUUCCAACCCACGUGACCUUGGAGGAUCUACAAGUCAACAAUCUGACCGCUUCAGAGAUACACCAUCAGUCUUAUAUUCCUGCAGAUAUACCAGUGACUCGGAUCCCCAGUUUGUCCCUUCGCCUGGUUCAGAGAUUAGCUUGACAGAACACGAGGACGAGGAAAUGGAAGAUGAACUGGGCUCCUUAGGGUUUGAAAAUAAAUACCGUCACAUCUCUGAGCUUGUGAUAAACAAACUCCCAGGCUACACACUCUGAAGCAGCCAUUUAAUCCCUGGUUGAUGUGUCAUGUUUUCAGGUGUCUGUCUUCCAGGUAUCAUGCAGUGUAAAGGUCUUUAAAGGAAAUGGCAAUUCAAGAUGAUUUGGCUGCGUAUAAAACAAAGUAACCUCAGAUGUUUAGUU